AUGGACGACCAAAACGACGGCGUCGUGGCUCCCAGCUUGGAUUUCCAGCGCCUCAGAGUGAUCUCGGCGCUGGGGCGCGGGGCCAAGGGCGUGGUGUUUCUGGUGAAGGACGAAGAGGCGGCGGAGUUCAUGGCGUUGAAGGUGAUUUCCAAGGACUUGAUCGAGAGGAGGAGCAAGGAGCCGAAGAGCGACGGCAGCGAGUACCGAAGAGUCUGCUUCGAGCAGCAGGUGCUGCGUCGUUUCGACCAUCCGCUUCUCCCCAAACUGCAUGGCGUUUUGGACACUGAGAAGCUCGUCGGCUACGCCAUUGAUUACUGCCCCGGCCGCGAUCUCAAUUUCCUCAGAAAACGACAAACCGAGCGGAUGUUCUCGGAUGAUGUCAUCAGAUUUUACGCGGCGGAAUUGGUUCUGGUGUUGGAGUAUUUGCAUGGAUUGGGAGUGGUUUACAGAGAUUUGAAGCCGGAGAACAUUAUGAUCCAAGAAAACGGCCACAUUAUGCUCGUCGAUUUCGAUCUCUCCACCAAGCUCUCGCCGAUGAAGAAUGCUCAAUCGGUUCGGAUCAGUUCAAACUCCACAGCUGAAUCCAGCGCGGUCCAGAAGAAGCGGUGCUCGCCAUUCCAACGGUUCUGCAACAAGGGGAUUUCGCCGGACGACUCUGUCUCGCCCGCCGAACUCAGUUUAAACUCGGGCAAACCCGGUUCGGACUCCUCCGAGAAGUCGAACUCGUUCGUCGGAACGGAGGAGUACGUGGCGCCCGAAAUCGUUUCGGGCAGCGGCCACGAUUUCCGAGUCGAUUGGUGGUCCCUUGGGGUGCUUCUUUAUGAAAUGUUAUACGGUGCGACCCCGUUUAGGGGGUCGAAUAGAAAAGAGACGUUUUAUCGGAUACUGACGAAGGAACCUGAGCUGACAGGUGAAACGACGGCGCUGAGGGACUUGAUUGCGAGGUUGCUGGAGAAGGAUCCGAAACAGAGAAUCGGGGCGGGUGAAAUCAAGGGCCACGAUUACUUUAGAGGGGUCGAGUGGGAUUUGAUUUUGCGAGUCUCGAGGCCGCCGUACAUUCCCGAAAUUGCGACUGAGGGUACGGAUGGAAUGAACAAAAAAAUUGACGUGGAGACGGUUGUGCAAGGAAUAUUCGGAGGUGAAGAUGGUGGGGCGAAUAAAGGCAAUGAGAAUGAUGAGAAUAAGAAUAAUAAUGAGAAGCAAAAUGUAAAUAAAAGAGAAUGGGUGGAGGGAUUGAAUCACAACCCCACCCAAGAAAAUGCAUUUUUGGUUUUCUAA